AUGUCAGGUUUUGCACUUAUGAUUGCAAUCCUGGAGGUACUGUUCGCCGUUUCACAGUGGAAAUUCGGAUUAUCCGGGGGGGUGCCGUCUAUACGAUACUUAUGGACUUAUGGAACGACUGGUAUUCUGACGUUGGCUGCCGCAUUUUGGCACCGGGUGGACUACGAAACAAAGGUCUCGGCACCCUGGUUAAAGGCAUCCCCAGUCACUGCAAGCAAAGUAGCCCUGCUCGUUGACUACGUCGAUACUUGGUCAUUGCUAGUCCCCUUUCGGGCUCUCAGGAAUCAGGAUCAUGAGGUGGCUUGCAGCUCUACUAUAUCACUACUGCUUCAAGUGUUGAUCGUGCUCUCUACCGCAUUAUUCGCGCUAGCUCCGACAGAUUUGGUCAACAAUAUUGAACCUAUAAUUUUGACAAGUCGAUUUGUAGAUGAUCCGGCACGUCUGAAGGAUAACGAUUCCCUUCUUCCGUACUAUAUUGCUAUGGGGACCGAACCUUCAAUGUCUCGAAUCAAUAACCUGAGCAAUACCAAUAGUGCUCGCCCGACAUACCCCGAAGGUUGCACGAAUCAAUUUGCUUACCAGACAUUUUAUCCAGCCUCCCCAAGUUUGAUGGAGACGAAGGCCACUGUUGACGGACUAGCUCUUGGCCUGGCAUGCGAGAGAGUGGAUGUAGGAAGGACAAUAACGAUGCCCCUAUUUCACUUCCUUGACGUGGGUUAUGUUAUGACAGUUGGAGAUGAGCCAUAUUUCGAAGUCAGCUACCGAGGUUGCAAAACAACCAUUCAGUGGGACAUCUUUACCUCUAACCCGGAAGAUUAUAUCUGGGUUGACAACAACAAAACUUUUCGCGAGCAUGGGAUGAUGCUGCGUGUUGUUCCGGGUUUCGCAAGCAAGUACUGUAACUCAACUGACCAAGAUGCUCAUCGCUUGGUGUUCGUGUCUGUGGACGUGGAGUGGCGCUCAAUCAACCAAACCAUCAUCUCUGAGGGAAAAGAGACGACUAUAGUCAACUUGGAUGCGGCAAUUGUACGUGGAGUUGCAUUGACGUGUGCUCCCUCCCUGGAACAAACUUUGCUUGAUGUUUCUCGGAGCAACGAAGGAGUACGAAGUGUUUUGCAGCGCAAAGGCAGAUCUGCCAAUUCAUUAAGAUACAUUCACCCUUGGCAUUUUGUCGAAUUCUUCUUCCACGACUUUAUCAUUUCAACACAAAAAGUCAUAGCCGGUAGCACGGUUGUGUGGGCUGAUAAGACCUCUGAAGCUGUUUUGCAGUUUUGUGGUCAGUCUUGCAUGAAUACAUCGAGACUCAUGGACGAUACAGUUCUCCAAGAUAUUCUGGCUGCAUUUCUUUCCAAUUAUGCGGCGGCCACAGCUCAUGCUAUGCUUACGGAAAGAGCCAACGUCGCCUCUACUGGAACUUCUUCAACCAUUGUGGUGCGCCUAUGGGUCCAACCAAUCGUGUGCCAAGCGAUGAUUACACUAUUGGCUGUAUGCAUACUGAUCAUGGUGUGGGUUCAAUUCAAAAGUAAAAAGACUUUGACACGCAGGAUCAACCCCGGAUCCAUUGCAGCGGCGGCCGUGCUCGCUGGCGAAGUUGCAUCCUCCAACUUUUCGAGGGAUCUUGGGUCAGCAAACGCAGAGCAAUUGCACAAAUGGCUAGACAGCUUCCUUGAUGGCCGUUUCUCUUGCCCAUUGCAGUAUUCUCACUCAUCCAUAAGUGGCAAUACACAACUAGAUAACCGUAGAGGGACCAGGAAAGAGGAGGGGCCAGCAUCAUCUCGAAACACCUUAUUUGAAAACCCGCUCGCACUGCGACCGCUCAGCCAAAUUACUUUGCUCUUAGCCAUUAUAGCAUGCGGAACUACACUGAUGAUUUUACUUAGGAUGUCUGCCAAUCAGCAGGGCUUAAUGGAUGCCGACGUUUCCAAAUACCUCCUCUAUGCUUGGACGAUAGUACCGGCCACAAUCGGAACUAUUAUCUCAUGGUGGCUGUCAUCUAUUGAUACCCAAGUUCGGCUCUUGACUCCUUACAAUUCUUUGAAGCGCGAUAGGUGCAGCCGUGGAGUUUUACAGAUGAAUCUGUUGCGAGGGCUGAUGCCGUCUGUUCUAUACCAGGAGCUGAAAACCUUGAAUUUCCUUGCUGUAUCAACCACGCUUGCUGCUUUGCUUGGAGCCAGCCUGACAACGGUAUCUGCCGCCAUGUUCCGUGUUAUUACCUAUCCAGUUUCAAGCCUUGUCAAGCUCUUACCAAAUACAGUCUUCAUAACACCAACACCAAGAUCAACCGAGAUCACCUAUCAUGCCGCAUCUCAUAUCUUCGAGGUCUAUAAGCUCAACUAUUCAGUGGCACCGUUCCUUGAUCCAACGAAUGACAUUACCGUGGACAUUCCUUUGGGGGGGGGGCGCGAGAGUUCUGACCAUCGCUCUGGUACCACUUUCUUUGGGACUGGAAAACUCUCGGAAUGCCUGUUUGCCGCUGCAACAGCAACGCAAUUUGGAGGAAUACAGACUGAGAGUUGGGAUAGCUUUCUAUACAUAUGGGGCUACCACGACUCAUCACCUGGGUACGUCACCAACAUAUCUGCGGUUGGGUGUAAUAAUACCAUGGAGCUUGUGGAUACCACCUUUUCCUUCUUCGGACCUGAUCUACAUCUAGAUCUUUCUGAUACUCCACAAAUUAUUGAAUCAACUGCCAGAGAUAUUCCAGAGCAUGGAACUCUUCGUUCAUUUACUAGAUCCGAGCUAUACAAAAACCUUGCUUCACUCCCGACAGCACAUAACACUGUAUUCGAUCCUUUCUUUCAACAACUGGUAACAUCACGAUAUGCCAUACCGGUUUCCGCAAUUGGCGAUCCCACUCAAUCUGAGACUGUGAUGGACGCCAUCCGGUUUCAGCAUGGCAUCAUUGAAGCACAAUUUUUGAGUGCAAACUAUCGUAUAGACAUCAAUUCUUCGGAUGUGACGGAAAACGCAACGAACGUACUGAUUCCGACUCUGUUCAACGAUUCAACAUCAGGAGACCCGCCCAGAUUUCCAGCAACAGUCACAUACCCGUUUGGAAGACAGCGUAUCGUUCAGGAUCCGAUUGCGACCGCACUGCUCGAGGCUUUGUUACUAAGUAUUUUGAUAUUAUCAGUAGUGGGUUGGUGGUUAAGCCCGAGGGAGCCCGCAUUGCCACGGAGCCCAUCGAGUGUUGGAAGUUUGCUUGCUCUUCUUGCUGGAGGUAAUGUGUUGGAGCAUAUAUACGACGGGGGCCCGGAGCCACUUUGUUGGGAGGAUGUUGAGACUCGACUGGGCGAAGAUUCUAGGUUUUACUUAGGCUGGGAUCCGUCAAACCCUGAUGAGAAGUCCGAGAAAAGGCGAUUUGGCAUUUGGAUCGUCAACCCACGCGGGCGGCCAUGA